AUGAAAGCAUUUGCAUUAGCCAGCUUUCUUGGCAUAGCGUAUGCUUUUUCAAAAAACAUUGAAUCUAUUUAUAAAGAAUCUUUAAAUCCAUUACAAAAUCCACCACAAAAUCCACCACAAAAUCCGUCACAAAAUCCAUUAUUGUAUAUAACUGAAGGAAAUAUUUUUGCUUUAAUUCUAAAAAAUGCAAUGAAUACUGAAUGUAAAGCAAGGCUAAGAAAAUACUGUGAAAAUUUAAGAAAUAUGACUCAAAUGCUAAAAAGCUCCUUCAAAGCAUUAGAAGAACUAUGCCAAGAAACGAAACUAGAUGAAAAGUGCAAUGAUUUAAAAGAAAAUAUUAUGAGAAGAUGUGCUGCACUUGAACGAAGUUUGCAAGAUAUCCAGACUAAACCAUCUCCAAGUACUUUUGAAUGUCUGUAUCAAAAUGAAUGUAUGCGUAUAGAAGAAGCAUGUUCAAUAAAAGUUAAUGAAAAAUGCAAUUAUUUAAGAGCAUUUUGUAGAGAAAAAAGACGAGAUGAUUUGAAAACAGAAUUUCUUUUAAGAGCCUUAUCUGGAAAUUUAAAAACUCAAGAAGAGUGUGAGAAAAUAAUCGACAAAAAGUGUCUUGCGUUCAUGGGAGAAAGCGAUGAACUGAUGAAGUUUUGUUUAAUCCCCUUAAAUAGAUGUAACGAACUCGUGAAAUUAAUGGAGACAAAAUGUAGUAGUUUAGAAUUUGAGGCAAAACUUUUUAUCGAAAAGACUAAAAUAUCAAAAGAAGAAUGCAUUUCAUUAUUUGAGAAAUGCUAUUUUCAUAAAUCAAAUUGCAAUAACACUCUUGAUAAUGAAUGUAGAGAAAUAGAAAAAAAGUGUGAAAAUGAAGUAGAAUACAAAUAUUUUUCUUUACCAUUUAAUCCAGUAGGAAAAGAAAUUAUAUUAAUAGAAAAAGUUGGAAAAGAAAAAAUAUUCAAAGACGAAGUUGGAAAACCAGGGAUAAAAGAUACAAUUGAUCUUUUAGUAUUAUUAUCAAAUAAUUAUUUAGAUGAUUGCAAAAAUUAUAUUGAAAAGUGUCAUAAACUUUGCAGCCUUUUACCUCAAUUAGAGGAUUUAUAUGACAGUGCUAAGGAAAAAAUGAAUAAAAGCAAAGAAGAAGUAUGUGAUACCUUAAAAGAAAAAUUAAAGCCUAAAUGUAGGUUUUUUAAAUCAAAAUUAUAUGAUUUAUCACUAUCAAAUACUAAAAAAGACAAUGAAGAUGCUACUCUUAUAAAAUGGACCAAGCAAUCUACUGAGUUUAAUGAAAAGCUUUGUAUAAAUUUAGAAUCAAAAUGUUUUUAUUUAAGGAAACCAUGUAGUGAUGAGGGUAUUAAAAUGUCUAAUG